AUGGUUUCUGCUCUUCGGACCUUCUGGUCCCAGUCUUUCUUCCUCCCCCCUCCGCCUCUAACCGAGCAGAACCUUCCCGACCAAAGCGGUAAAGUCUUUCUGAUUACCGGCGCCAACAGUGGUGUUGGCUAUGAAGUCAGUCGGAUUCUCUACGCACAUAAUGCCAAAGUGUACGUAGGUGCACGCUCCGAGUCCAAAGGGAAAGAGGCCAUAGCCUCGAUGGAGAAGCAGCACCCCGAAUCCAAAGGCAAACUUGAAUUCUUGUCACUCGACUUGUCCGACUUGAGCACAAUCAAAGCAAGCGUCCAAGACUUCUUGCAGCGAGAAGAAAAACUGCAUUGGUUGAACAACAACGCUGGUGUCAUGACACCGCCUCCUGGCUCCAAAGGCGCACAAGGCAUCGAUUUGUCUUAUCAGACCAAUAUCCUUGGCCCCUUCUUGUUGACGAAAUUGUUGCUCCCCAUUCUCAAACGUACUGCCGAGGCUGAACCCACGAGCAAUGGGGCUGUCCGUGUCAGCUGGGCGAGCAGUCUGGCAUUGUUCGUGGAAAGCCCUCCAGGUGGAGUGAAAUGGAAGACUCAGAAUCAAGAAGUGACUCUGGACGACUCGAUCGGCUUGAGAGGGAUAUAUAGUUCCAGCAAAGCCGCAAACUUCUUGCUCGCCAAUGAGUUUGCCAAGCGGUUCGGAGAGGCAGAUGGUGUGCUGCACAAUACCUACAAUCCAGGCAACCUCCGCACCAACCUAACUCGCCAUAUGGGUGCUAUUGCAAGCUGGCUAGCAAGCGUCCUCCUUCUUCAUCCCACUAUAUUGGGCGCCUACACCGAGCUAUAUGCUGGACUUUCACCAGACCUCAAGCUUGCCGACAAUCAGGGGGCCUUCAUCGCUCCCUGGGGCCGUCAAAUUAGCGUCAGACAGGAUGUUCAAGAUGAGGUGUCUAAAGAAGGUGGCAAUGCGGAGAAGCUGUUCGAUUGGUGUGACAGAGUGACCGGAAAGUUUGCCUGA